GCGUAGCUGACGUCCCCAAACGCGAAAUCGCCGCAGUCGAGCAAGAUGGACCGUGAGCCGUGUCCGUACCGCAUCAUCGAAGACAUGGGCGGCGCCUUUGGCAUGGGCGCCGUCGGCGGUGGCAUCUUCCACUCGAUCAAGGGCGCACGCAACUCGCCGCCGGGCGAGCGCUUCCGCGGCGCGGUGUACGCGGUCAAGGCGCGCUCGCCGCUGCUCGCCGGUCAGUUUGCGAUCUGGGGUUGCCUCUUCUCGUCCUUCGACUGCUCGCUCGCGGCCAUUCGUCAGAAGGAAGAUCCGUGGAACUCGAUCUGCGCCGGUGCGCUCACGGGUGGCGCCCUUGCGAUCCGGUCGGGCCCGCGCGUCGCGUUCACGCAGGCCGUCAUUGGUGGUGCGCUCCUCGCGUUGAUCGAAGGCCUUGGCAUCAUGGUCGGCAAGAUGCUCACGCCGCCGCCCCAAGACUUUGUCGACGAGCACGGCAUUGACACGAGCGAGCAGCAGUUGGCGCCGCCCAGUUUUUAGUGUUUCCACCCGUAUAUAGAAGAUAGAUCCAGGACGCCUCCCUCGUCCACGCGAGUUAACGAUCCAACAUGCAAUGUGAUGAGGAGACAACA